AUGAGAGAUCGGCCCGUCAUCAGCAUCGAAAAUUACGUCAUAUACUGCGGCGACGCAAAUGCGAAGAUGGGACUCGAACAGCAAUCCCAUGUGCUAGGAAAAUGGUAUUAUCCAGCGGAGCGCACGUCGAACAACGAGGAAUUAUCGACGCAAUCGGCUCACGUGACAGAGUCAACCCUUCUAGCGCCUGAAAUGCAGCGCAAGCGGAAGAUGAGGACUUUUAAACAUCAGCUCGACUAUGUUUUCGCGAGGAACAAUCCUCAGUCAGAUAUUCGAAAAUCUUGA